ACGUGUCGCCAUAUCCACCUCUUAUCACCUCAUCUUUCCAAGGUUGUAGCUUCGGAGGGUGUUGGCUUGGCUUGGCUUGGCUUGGCUUGGCCUGGCCUUGUGUCUCAACCAGCAGAGGGCAUUGAGGCCAGGAAGAGCAAUAAAACGUGGCACUAAGGUGACAGUCUGUCAUCAUGUGCCGUUGGGUCGUUUACCGCGGGCCACGUGUUCGCCUCGAGGACAUCCUCUUGAAGCCGUCUCACUCGCCUAUCACAAUGGCGACGGAACAUUACGUUCCGAACGUCAUGAGGGAAGGUUCUGAUAUUGUGGACCUUUUACAUGUGACAAGGCGCAACAUUUGUGACAACCUAGACGGAUUCGGGAUGGGUUGGUACGCGGGCGACGUGGACGAGUCUGAUUCCAAGUCAUGCAGCGGCGGAGACGGAGGGGAGACGCACGGGGGGAAGGAGAAGGGCCAGCAGCACGUGAAGCCGCUCAUUUACAAGACCACCAAGGCUCCUAAGAAUGACGAAGAGAUGCACUGCAUUGCCAAGGAGGAGGAGAGUGGCUGCGUCUUCGCCCACAACAGGGCGUCAAGCGCGGGGGCAAAAGACGUUAUGAAUUGCCAUCCCUGGAGCUAUGGCAGGUUCAUGUGGAUGCAUAACGGCACGAUCGCUCGUUUCACCGCAGUCCGUGCUGCCAUGCUGGACGAGAUGGGUCCAGAAUUUGCCGCCCAAAUCCAGGGAAAGACGGACUCCGAGUGCGCGUUCUUCUUGUUUCUGCACUACCUUGCUCUGGCAUUAACUCGUGGCCGCAGCGCUAAUGCCGACGAAAAGCCGUUCUUGGAUGCGGAAGCGGCGACGAAUGUGAGGACGACGGCAGCUAUGCUGGCAGAUUGCAUGGAGAAGACGAUCAAGAAGAUCGCAAAGCUUGUAGACAGCGUGUGCGACGAAGAAUGCCGCAAGCGGGAACUGUCGUCGCUCAACUUCGCCAUCACCGACGGAGUGAGUGUCGUCGGGGCUCGUUUCCGGGACUCUAGGAUGGAACCACCUCCAUCUCUCUACUAUGCUCACGGAAUUAUGUGUCAGCGACCCGACGGGUCGCUGAAAUUCGUCGAGCCUGGAUGUGAUGCCGACCAACUCGCCCGUGCGGCCAUCAUCAGCUCCGAGCCCUUGAUUAACAAGGACGCCGCCAUGGAUCUUCAGGUUGAUUGGCAUCUUAUCAAUGCCAACCAUCUGGUGGUCGUUGACGAGGACAGAGAUCUGACGGUCAGGCCGAUUUCCGUCGAAUUGGACCUUGUCGCCGAGAAGUUCGUACGCAGAAUGAAGUGGCGCGCUUUCGCUUAACUCCGUCGCCCCUCUUGCCGAGUCGGACACCAGUGCAGUUAACG